GAAUAUUGUAUACGGUUUUGGUUACUCGUUAUGGUUCGCAAUCAGUUGCCAGCACAAGUGGUUAAUCGAAGAAAAAGGGAUGUUAAAAUGAACAUGUUUUUCUCAUGUUUUUUUUUACUCAGAAAUACGAUUUGUAUCGGUUGGAGAGCGGCCCGUCGGAGAAGGUGACAAUAAACGAAGAGGAGGCGAUUUACGCGCUGAGAACGAUGUUCUACAUCAGGCGAAUGGAAAGCAAGGCGGCGGAAUUAUACAGAAUGCGCUUGAUCAACGGUUUCCUUCAUUUGUAUGCUGGUCAGGAAGCAAUAGCCGUUGGUACGAAGAUGUCGAUAUUGGAAAAGGACUGUGUGAUCUCGGCUUACCGAUGUCACGGUUUCGCGGUGGUAUUCGGUGUACCGGCACGAAACGUUUUCGCGGAGCUGAUGGGUCGCAAGACUGGAGCCUCGAGAGGGAAAGGCGGCUCCAUGCACAUGUACGCGAAUCAAUUUUACGGUGGCGAAGGGAUCGUUGGCGGUCAGGUACCGAUCGGCACCGGACUUGGAUUGGCUCAGAAGUACAAGGGCACGGGCGGAGUUUCUUGGACGUUUUACGGAGACGGCGCUGCGAACCAGGGUCAGGUCCACGAGGCGUAUAACAUGUCGAAAUUGUGGAACCUGCCGGUGGUGUACAUAUGCGAGAAUAACAAAUACGCGAUGGGGACCUCGGUGGAGAGGCACUCGGCCAACACCAACUUGUACACUCGGGGAGAUCUAAUUCCAGGAGUGAGGGUAGAUGGCAUGAGAGUGAUGGACGUUCGCGAGGCUAUGAAAUUCGCGAGGGACUACGCUCUACGAAACGGCCCGAUUCUCCUCGAGAUGGUCACCUAUCGUUACUACGGGCACAGCAUGAGCGAUCCUGGCAUCUCGUAUCGUUCGCGAGAGGAAGUGAAAACGACACAGACCGAGCGAGACCCUAUAGAGUUACUGAGCAAACUGCUCGUAGAGAACGGCGUGAAAACCGAAGCGGAAAUUCUUGAGUUGAGGCAGAGUACGUACAAAGUAGUGGACGACGAAGUGGAGCAAGCUAAAGCCGAUUCGUAUCCGGAGAUGUCGGAGAUCGCGACGGACAUUUACGUGAAACCGUUGGAAAAAGUACGCGGCAAAGCACCUUGGGAAAUUUAUUGAAAAAGAAAACAACAAAAUAGCGAAUUUCUUUCUUUGUACUCGCAGUCUUGCGUUCGUUGGUAAAAUAAAUUAAUAUUUAUUCCAAGCGUUUUACGGUCAACACUAAAAUGCAUCGGUAAUUCGAUCGAGAGAAAAGAAAAAACAAAAAGAAAUUGCACAAGACUCGUGGAGAGAGAAAGAAGAACACGUCGCAGAGCGUGUGCUAUGCGAGUGGCAAUGUUUGCUUCUUGGUAGUUUUCUUACUCCGUCAAUUGGAAUGAUCAAUUAAAACAUGUCGCGCCGCGUCAAUUCGCGAUCGAGAAGAGGAGAGCACGAAGCGAGGAGAACGAACGCGAGAGAGACGGAAGAUUAUUACAGCAAAAGGGAACAACGGUU